UGCCCCAGAGGCAUUUCACUCUUUGCCGCGACCUCCUUACACAUAGACUUUAUUAUUACAAAAUCUGUUAGAAGAAAACCCAGAAAAAAAAAUUAGAUUUUACGCCCUCGCCGUCGUCAAAAUGAUCGUCACACGUCUUAUCUCGUUGACGAAUUUCGCCGUCGCCUCUUCCGCACUUGGCUUCCAAGUUUUCGUCCUAUACCCGUGGCACAUCCAGUUAGAUAAUUCGUUCGAGGAAUUGAAGAAAGAACAUCUUAGAGUGCUGGAGGCAGUGAGAGAGGUUGCAAAGGAGGUGGAUCCAGAUUCGCGAAAAGGCAUGGCUGAUUCCAUAUUGGGUCGUCUGGGAAUCAGCGCUUUCAGCGUCAGAAGUCUUUUCUCGCAUGAACCAACCACCCCACCCAUCCCAAGUGUCUUCGACAACAGUAAUGCUGUAGAAUACGUCGCAAACGGCGUCGCCGGUAUUUCUCCCGUGUCGACCAAGACGGGGACGAGAAUAUCGGAAAUUGCACGAUACGCCUUUUCGGGGGCCAUUUGCUGCUCUUUCACCCACGCCAUUUUAACCCCAGUUGAUGUCGUCAAAACUCGAGUCCAGCUUGAACCAGUCAAGUACAACCGCGGCCUAGCAGGCGGUAUGCGCCAAAUUGUCUCGAAUGACGGAGCUCGGGCUUUGCUGACCGGAUUUGGCCCGACCGUAACUGGUUACUUCCUCCAAGGAGCCUUCAAAUUCGGCGGAUACGAAUUCUUCAAGCGACAAAUGAACGAAUACUUGGGACCCGAAAAAGCAGCCGCUAAUCGUAAUGCCGUGUAUCUUGCAUCCUCCGCCGCAGCCGAAUUCCUCGGCGACAUUCUCCUUUGUCCAUUUGAAGCCGCCCGCAUUAGACUUGUCUCGCAACCGCUGUUCGCUCCCAAUAUGCUGACUGCAUUGGGUAAGAUGGCCAGGUACGAGGGAGUAACCGGUCUCUACUCCGGUUUCACACCUAUAGUAUUAAAGCAGGUUCCGUACACGAUGGCAACCUUUGUAGUGUACGAGAAAGCUAUCGAAGCAGCAUAUUCGUGGAUUAACAAGGAGACCGCCUCAAACAUGACACUUUCGGGAGUAAAUCUUGGCUGUGGAUUGAUUGCUGGUAUGGCGGCCGCGGUUGUUUCACAGCCUGCGGAUACUGUGUUGAGCAAAAUCAACAAGGAGAAAGGCCGACCGGGUGAGGGCACAGCUCGACGGAUUUUCAAUAUCAUUUCCCAGCUAGGUCUGCGGGGGAGCUAUGCAGGCAUUGGUCCACGAUUGGUCAUGGUAGGCGGAAUGACGGCCGUUCAGUUCGGAAUUUACGGCCACAUCCAACGAGCUCUUGGCGCGACUAGUAAGGCCGUAGAGGUCAAAGACGAAGUAAUUGAAGUGGGGAGUCUCUUGGAAACUGCGGAAUGUUAAUUCUUGUUCGGUGAGACUGCUUCAUAUGCGCUAGGUAUUCAUACCUGGUGUAUGGAUGGAAACUAGAGGAUCGGAGAUAAUGGCAUCUCCGGAAUAUGGUGCUGGCGCACGUAAUUGUGCGUAUAUGAUCUUAGAUGCACUGCCAUAUAAGACGA